CUUGGUGAGUCCCCCACGGGGAAGGUUAUGGGGAGGCUGAGAUGAUACAGCCCAAAUUCCUGGGAGCAUCCAGGACUGCCCUGGAAUCCUCCCCUGUUUUUCUCACUGGUUGUAUGUCGUUCUUUGAUUCUUCCCAUAGCCAUGCAACGCCUUUGCGAGCCACUCAAUAGAGUGCUCAGUUGUGGUCAGUCAUCCAAUCAACAGUAUGAACUGAAGUGCUCAGGAUUUGCAGACAUAUAUUCAAAGAACUGUAGAGUGGAGGUCAAAAGAGACAAGGCUCUUUUCUUGGUCCCCAGGCAUUUGCACGAUGCUGGAGUUAAGAAGAAGAUCUCUAGAGCUGGGAGAAAUCUUGGUGUUUACCUGCUCAUUGUGCAGACAAAGAAACUCUGGCUCAAAAAGAGGGUUGGUCAACAUGUUGGAAGGGAGGUAACCCAGAGCAAUCUUAGCUGAGAAAGGAGAACUCACUCCCUCUGAAAAAAUUUCAGCAGAUUUCAAUCACUUCAUACUCGGUAGUAAUAUCCUGGCCCACGCGCUCCAUGAAGAAGGACAACCUGACCUGGGCGGAUGAGUUUGUCCUACUGGAGCUCUCCAGUGACAGGCAGGCCCAGGCUGGACUCUUUGUCCUGUUUGGGGCCGCCUAUCUGCUGACCCUGCUGGGCAACGGGUUCAUCCUGCUCCUCAUUGGACUGGACGCCCGCCUGCACCUGCCCAUGUACUUCUUCCUCUGCCACCUCUCGCUGGUGGACAUCUGCUACACCUCCAGCGCGGUCCCCCAGAUGCUGGUGCACUUCCUCCUGGAGAAGAAGACCAUCCCCUUCGCCCGAUGUGCGGCCCAGGUCUUCUUCUCGCUGGCCUUCGGGGGGACCGAGUUCCUACUGCUGGCCGCAAUGGCCUACGACCGCUACGUGGCGGUCUGCGACCCCCUGCGCUACGUAACAGCGAUGGACCCGAGGUGUUGCAUUGGGCUGGCAGCUGUCUCUUGGCUUGUGGGCACGGCUAAUUCUGUGGUAGAGACUGCGAUCACCAUGCACCUGCCCACCUGUGGGCACCACGUGCUGAACCACGUGGGCUGUGAGACACUGGCACUCAUCAGGUUGGCCUGUGUGGACGUCACCCUCAACCAGGUGGUCAUAUUUGCCUCCAGCGUGCUGGUGCUGCUGGUGCCCUGCUGCCUGGUCUCGCUGUCCUACGCCCGCAUUGUGGCUGCCAUCCUGCGGAUCCGCACCACCAGGGGGCGCCGCAAAGCCUUCGGGACCUGUGCCUCUCACCUGUCUGUGGUCUCCAUGUCUUACGGGAUGGCCCUGGUUACCUACCUGCAUCCCCGCUCCACCUCCUCAGCCACGCAGGACAAGGUGGUGGUGCUCUUUUACACCGUGGCGACCCCCUUGUUGAACCCGCUCAUCUACAGCCUGCGGAACAAGGAGAUGAAGGCUGCUCUGAGUCGGGUUCUGAUGAGGAGCUCUGGAUCAAAGCAGAGAACGGGGCUUUGUCAGAAGAGGGCCUCGCUCUGAAGACAGUGGGCAUUGGAGCGUGCCCUCCAUACAAUGUGCGCGUGUGCGUGUGUGUGUGCGUGUGUGCACGUGUGUAAGACAGCAGGUGGGAGGGCCACAAUCUGUACUACUAUCCUUUGAGCUAAUAGAGAAAUGGAAUUUUAUCUCCGGAUUCUGUUUUUGGUUCCUGACUUACUCUAAAAAAAAAAAAAAUGUGAGUUACAACAACUUAG